UCUUUACGUAAGGCAGCCACACACCUGAACCUGUGGAUGGCUCGCGGCAGCUCUUCCGUAACACAUGCAUGCUUAUCGGGGACAACAUGUGACUUCCUCUCGCUGCAUGCGCGUGGUUGUCACCGGGCUGCCCGUGUACACCACAGCUCUGUGGGACAUGUUCUCCAAUGCUCCUGUUAGAGGAGCAUCAAGACACUGCCAGCCGUGCCGCCCCGCCUCGUAGCUGUCAGCAAGACCAAGCCCCCCGAGAUGGUCGUGGAGGCCUACAGACAAGGGCAGCGGAACUUUGGAGAGAAUUAUGUCAACGAACUGGUGGACAAAGCUUCAGAUCCUCUGAUUCUAGACUUGUGUCCAGACAUCAAGUGGCACUUCAUAGGCCAUCUGCAGAAGAACAAUGUCAACAAGCUUCUGGGCGUGCCAAACCUCUUUCUCGUGGAGACGGUCGACUCGGCCAAACUGGCCGACAAGGUCAACAGCUCGUGGCAGCGUGUCAGAGGAGCCGGUGCGCAGAGGUUAAAGGUCAUGGUGCAGCUCAACACCAGCGGCGAGCAGAGUAAACGCGGGCUUCCGCCGGAGGAGACGGUGAAGACGGUGAAACACAUCGUGUCCCAGUGCGCCGCCCUGCACUUCUCAGGACUCAUGACCAUCGGGCGCUAUGGCUACGACCUCUCCCUGGGCCCCAAUCCAGACUUCCAGAUGCUGCUGAGCCGGAGGCAGGAGGUGUGUGACGGCCUGGAGCUGCCUCUGGAGGAGGUGGAGCUCAGCAUGGGUAUGUCCACGGACUUUGAACACGCGAUCGAGGUGGGCGCCACCAACGUGCGAGUGGGCAGCGUCAUCUUCGGCAACAGGGAGUACCCCAACAGCGCCGCCAACACUCCGAACCCCAGCCCGGCCCCCAGCCCCGAGAAGACCAGCAAGAAGGUGUCCGAGGAGGCCGCCACCAAGAUGCAGCACCUCACUGUGUCUGAACACUAAGAAGAAAUAACCUUCAUGGGAAAACAAAAAAAACAACCGUCUUCACACGCAAACUGAAUAGAGCAGUGAAGCAGAUCAUCUCCACAGAGCCGCAUGGAGCUAGGAGUGCACGAGUGUUGCAUCAUUUGAAAGUGACGCCCUAAUCCUCUUCACUUGUUGUGCCCUUCUUGCUCUUUUAAGCAUUAACAAGUGGCAUUCAGUACCUUUUUUAAAGUAGUGUGUUACUAACCUUUAGUGCUCUGACUUCCUCCCCGCGGAGCUCUCUCUCCUACAAGAUAGAUGUACAACCACUGAAAACAGGGUGACGUGGGAACGACUUCACAGGAGUUCCCGAUAUAUCUGUUGUGCUGACGUGACAUUUUCUACCUUUCCAACCCCGACGUGUUGAAAUGUGCUCGGUUGUGUACAGUGUCCCAGAUGUUGUACAGAUGAAACUGAAGACUUGAUUUAAUAAACCAUUUAUCCCUUUUAUAAUGA